GCACGGACAGAGAACACAAUACCCCCCAAAAGCCACGGAAAGACUAGCAGGGAGUCCGCGCACUUUCUGUCCAAGACUUGAUGCGCAGAUGAACAUCAAACACACGCACUGAUUCUCACAGAUGAGACCUAAUCCACUCGAACCACAGGAAUCAAGUUUGCAAAUUGCGCGUUAGUAGCGAGGGCAGAUGAUGAUUACUGCUUUCCUCUGAUCACGUUCCACUGAUUUGCCAACGGGACUAUAUUUUAUAACUAGGAAUAUACUUUUCUGACUCUUGGAUUUUUUUUGAAGUCAUCCGUGCUCUUCAGCGUCACUUUUCUUGUACGCUUGAAAAUUGCGCUCAACGAUGGCGCAAAGGUACGAUGAGUUGGCUCAUUACGGAGGCGGGAUGGAUGGAGUUGGAGUCCCGACAUCCAUGUACGGAGACCCUCACGCCCCGCGGCCCCUACCCCAGGUCCACCACCUGAACCACGGGCCACCCCCGCAUCCCACGCAGCACUACGGAGCCCACGCACCGCACAGCAUCAUGCCAGGCAGCAUGGGCAGUGCAGUCAACGACGCGCUGAAAAGAGACAAGGACCAGAUUUAUGGCCACCCUUUAUUCCCGCUUCUUGCGCUCGUUUUUGAGAAGUGCGAGCUGGCGACGUGUACGCCAAGAGAACCGGGAGUUGCGGGCGGGGACGUCUGCUCCUCGGACUCCUUCAAUGAAGACAUCGCGGUAUUUGCCAAACAAAUCCGUGCAGAAAAACCUUUAUUUUCUUCGAAUCCAGAGCUGGAUAACUUGAUGAUUCAAGCUAUUCAAGUGCUGCGUUUUCAUCUACUGGAAUUAGAAAAGGUGCACGAGCUUUGCGAUAACUUCUGCCAUCGGUAUAUCAGUUGUCUGAAAGGCAAAAUGCCCAUCGACUUGGUCAUUGAGGAGCGAGACGUCUGCAAGUCGGACUUUGACGAUCUGUCAGGAUCUUCCACCAACCUUGCAGAUCAUAACCCAGCAUCCUGGAGAGACUUGGAUGACGCCCACUCCACACCCUCGGUAGGAACCCCAGGACCGUCCAGUGGGGGACACGUCUCUCAGAGUGGAGACAACACCAGUGAACUCGGAGACGGCCUCGACAACAGCCUAGCAUCACCGGGCACAGGAGAUGAAGAUGACCAGGAUAAGAAGAGGCAGAAGAAAAGAGGCAUCUUCCCGAAAGUGGCAACAAAUAUAAUGAGAGCGUGGCUAUUCCAGCACCUUACACACCCGUAUCCUUCGGAGGAACAGAAGAAACAACUAGCACAAGACACGGGCCUCACCAUUCUCCAAGUCAACAACUGGUUCAUCAAUGCAAGGAGGAGAAUAGUUCAGCCUAUGAUUGACCAGUCCAACAGAGCAGUGAGUCAAGGUACAGCUUACAGUCCAGACGGCCAACCAAUGGGUGGCUUUGUCCUUGAUGGACAACAGCACAUGGGUCUCCGACCCGGAGGUCCAAUGGGGGGAAUGGGUAUGAACAUGGGCAUGGACGGGCAGUGGCACUACAUGUAAGCCCACACCACUUAGGCCAGCCUCAACAACAGGGUGAAGCCUCCAUGGUUGGCUCAGGGAUCUUCAUUUUGAGGAGCUUGGAAGCAGCCGGUGCAUUUCCACGUGACCACCCCUCGCGCCCCACUUCAACUUUGUUGCCCUGUGGCUUGCACGCACACGAGUGUUGAGGAUCACGGGGUAAAAGCGUCACCUGUAGGCUACUUUUUUUUUCCCCUAAUGCAGUUGAAAAAGAGACUUAAGUUUGAGCUCGAAGAACGGGAAUCGCCGGAGCGCAAAAAAGGACCCGGGGAGGUGGGUGGCUGCUAUGUAAAAUAAAAACAAUAAAAUAAAAAAAAUAGAAGAAAAGCAGUCACGCAUCUCCCCGCAGUUUCAUUUUAAAUUAUUUAUUUAUUUUUAUAACACGACGGACCACAGGGAUGAACCUUUUUUUUUCUUUAAUCUGUGAAGCUUUACUUCCAUAUUUGCGUCUCCUUUCUAAACAUCAGUGUACAGACACAACACACGCACAUACACGCAAACACUGGAAUAGAUUUGAAAAAUAUGUAUAAUAAUUUCGAUUGUUGUGCUGUAUAGAUUUGUGCUUUUUCAUUGUUUUAUUUUUUUUUAAAUACAGUAUUGUUCUUGUGACCUUACUACACAUCGCCAACCUUGAGUGAUAUUACGUCACACUCAUGUUGGUUUCUGUUGCAUUUUCUUUUCAUGCUUUCCUCUGUGUGCAACUAAAGGCAAUUUAUAAAGAGUUCAAUCUUUUUUUUUA